CAAAAUGGGGCGAAACUCGCGAGUAUUGCUCGGCCCACUGCUCUCUCCUCACGUAGCUAGAGGGUACUUGGGCAUUGCACAGUGUCUCGGGGGACUAUUGAAGGUACAGGCGAGAAGACAUGGAUCUACUUUCAUCUUAUUGGGAAGGCGCUAAGGCUCGCUACGAAACGGCCAUGAACAACGGAGAUCCACGCGUGGCAGACUGGUUCCUGAUGGAUUCACCGUUCCCAACGCUCGCUCUGUGCCUCGCCUACCUCGGAAUGUGCUACGCAGGUCCGCGGAUGAUGGCGAACCGCGAGCCGUUCCAACUAAGACCGGUCAUAAUUGUCUACAACCUCGUCAUGGUUCUAGUCUCUGCCUACAUGUGCUACGAGAUACUUAUUACGACGUACCACCUGAAAUUCAACUACUGGUGCGACUUGGUCGUCUAUUCUCCUGAACACUAUGCCAUGAGAUUGGCAUCAGUUAUAUGGGUCUUCUACUUCACAAAGAUCGUGGAAUUUCUUGACACGUUUUUCUUUAUUCUCCGGAAGAAGAACAACCAGAUCUCGGUACUUCAUAUCUAUCACCACAGUACCAUGGCAGCUCUUUGGUGGAUCGGUGUCAAAUGGUUUGCUGGGGGAGCUUCUUUCUUCUCAGCGAUGGUCAACUCCUUUGUCCACACCAUCAUGUACUCAUAUUAUCUCCUGUCCGCUCUUGGGCCUUCUGUCAGACCAUAUCUCUGGUGGAAGAAAUAUCUCACCAUGCUUCAGCUGGCGCAGUUCGCUGUCAUCCUUCUGCACGUUGUCCAAGCUGUCUACAACGGGUGUCGCUACGACGUGCGACCCCAGUGGACCCUGGUCGUCUACAUGCUCUCCCACAUUGCCCUCUUUGGGAACUUCUACAAGCACACGUACAGCAAGAAACCACCCAGAGACAGCCACACA